AUGGCGCCUGCCGAUUCAGAUCUUCCUGACUCUGAAGUCGACACUUACAAGUCUGCUGGGGGUCAACGCGCCUGGUCACUUUCAGACGCAAUUGAGUUAGCCAAAAAGAUUCAGUCAGAACGAGAUCGAGAUCAGGAACGCCCAAUCGAUAAAUCGAAGAUCGGCAACAUACCCACCGAAAUACAACUUCUUAUCUUCUCCUACCUUCCCGAAGGCAAUUCCGCUUGCUUGGGCUUGACCUGCAAGAAGCUCUAUGCUAUCCACCAUGACAACUACCCGAAGACUCACUCGAGGGCGAGGUGCGAGGAUUCUAUAGGUAGAAGCGGCCAUUUACGCUCGUACUUGAUCGGAUUCAUGGGUUAUUCGUGGUGCAGGAGGCAAUUACUGGCGCACAUGGCUGCUUUACAGCAGGAGCUUAUCGACAUGGGCCUACAGUGUAGUUAUUGAUUUUGAAUUUUGAUGGAUGGGCUCUGAGAGCAUCAAAGUCAGCGCGCUCUCGCAGCAGCUUUGCU